AUGUCGGCCUCCCUGGUGCGACGCGGCCUGGAGCUGCUGGAGGCGCCGGGCCGGGGAAGGGCCCCGCCAGGACUCCAGCGGGGGCGGUACGGCCCCAGGGCGGCGGGGGCUGUGAGGCGGAGGAAGAGGGCGCCGGAGCCCGGCAGGAACAAGGCCACGGUCAAAGGCAGAGUCGUAAAGUCGGCGAUAGAGGAGUAUCACAAGAAAGCGGCUGUGAAUCACUUGAGAGCAAACCUGCAGUACAUGUUGAAGGGACGAUUUGUUGCAAACAAAGCCAUCACAGAACAAGUACUUGCUCAGAACAGAGGCAGGAAGUCCAAAGAUCAGCCUCCAAAGAAGGCGGCAAAGAAGAAACCCGAGGGAACUGUCUUUACUGAGGAAGAUUUCCGUAAAUUUGAGAGAGAAUACUUUGGGAGACCGUAAACAACGUGACAGGGUUCUGCAGCUGAGCAUUCAGCAUGCAGGACUGGCUGUUUCCUCAGCGUGUUUGAGAGGGGACACAGGAGAUGUGCCUCUGUCAGCAAGUGUUUUAAUGUCACACUUGCAGAGAAACUCUGCAUCUGUGCAGAUCUUGUUACUGGCCAACUAGAGCCAUGGAGGUUCUCUUGGCUCUGAGAUGUGUUGUCCUUAUAAUUUCCAGCCAACUUGUCUUGCAUUCUUAUGUAGAAGGGUGGACCAAGCCAAAUACAAAUCUUGUUCCCCUUCCUCAGGAUGUAAGGCUUCUGCUACCUGUGUUAUUUGGCAGGGUGCAUUUAAAAUACUAUAUCUGAACGGAGAAAUGUCUCGGACCAGCAGUAACAAACCAUCAGAAGGGAGGGAUGCUUUGUAAAGACUGCUAAACCUGAGUAGCCUUGCAGUUUCUGUUCUUACAGCCUCUGUCGGCUUUUUCAGUCAUUGCAAAAACUUUGUAUAUGUUGUUUGAUUAAAUUAUUGUUGCAGACACUGCCGUUGUAAUAGUGAUUGUUAUGACAGGCUAUGGUUGAUGAAGACAAACCAUGUGACUGUUUCAU